UAGUGUUUAAGCUCAGAUCCUUAAUAGACCUGCCUUCAUAAUACUUCUUCUAUUGAAUCAUUUCCCUCUUUGUUUGCUUGUUAAAAACAAAUUACCAAAAAACUAUUUCUGUACCCAAAAAAAUUGUUUGUUUCAAUGGCUAUGGUUGUGUUAACUUCAGAACCAAACACCAAAACCACAAAAGCCAUCUCCUUUCCUUCAUACUUGAACUGUGGUGAUGAAGAAAGCUUUGAACUCAAGAUUGGUGUUAAUCCCUUCAUUUCUGGCACCAGAAAGCAUGUCCAUCUAGAGGCAAACAAAGCAGAAGACGGAGAAAUCGACGUUUUUUCUGCAGAAAAGUACUUCAGAGAAGCAGUGGAAGAAGAAGAAGAAGAAGAAGAAGAACAUCCUAGGAAUGGUGCAACCAGCACCCCAAAGUACCAUCAUAAUAAGAAGAAUGAUCCAGCAGAGGAGGUAGUAGUAGUAGUAGAUCCUGUGAAGCCAAAAAGCCGGCCAAGAACUCCCAGCACCCGAUCUGAAUCGAGCUGGAAUAGCAGAAGUUUGCUGGUUCAGAAAGUGCCAAGAACUGAUCAGCAGCCCAAGAACUCUAGCAGAUUUGGCAGGAAGAGUUUCUUGGCUAGCAUUGGCUGCAAUUAUUGCUCCUGCAAAGACAAGAAUUCUCUUGAUGUUGAGGAAAAAAAGGGCGAAAAGCCACCCCUCAGCAGAAGUAGAGACAGUGUGGAAAUCAAGGAUUUCCCAGUUUUCUAUCCCAGAAAUGGAAACCAGGGGGCUAAUAAGAAGAGGCUGCAAGAGGACAAAGAGGAAAUGAAGAGAAACUCCAUAGAAGUUUUUGGCUCUCCUGUACUGGAUAAUAAGCCUGCAGGGAGGAAAUCCUUCAACCUUGAGAGAAGGCUAACAAUGGUGGCUUGGGAUGCAAUUGCUCCAAGAUCAGAGACCGAAAACCCCCUGAGCUCCAACGGGAUUGACUACGAUACAGCAAGCGAAGCAAGCUCAGACUUGUUCGAGAUCGAGAGCUUCCCGGGCAGCUCCAAUCCAUUCCUUCCCUGUCUCACCCCAACAACAUCUUACGCCCCAAGCGAAGCCAGCAUCGAGUGGAGCGUCGUGACAGCCAGCGCAGCUGAUUUCUCCGUAGCAUCCGACACAGAAGACCCAAAAACUCUCUCCUCCUCAGCAACCUUUCACAGAUCAAUCCAAAAUGGAAGAGAAUUGGUGGCCAAGGAGAAGCCAAAGCGGCUCCCAAGCAUUCUCCUCGGGUGCAAGAGCCAGAAGGCGGUUGUCGUUGCUGGAGACGCAUACAGAACAGCAAGCGAAAAGACACCCCCCGGGCCCGGGGGGGCUCGAAAGCACCACAGCUCCGAGGCCUUUCUGCCAUUGACAAGGUUUCAUGCUGAGAGCAAGAUAGGAACAGGUUUUGGUGACAGAAAUGCAGGAUCAUUCUCCGCCUCGAUCUCUCACCGCGAGGCGCAUGUAUUGUAUAUCUAGAUAUAUAUGUAGAUUUCACUUCUCAAAACUGAAUUUCCAUGAAUAAAAAGAGUCCAUUUCACGUGUGUAUGGAUGGACUCUGUUAGCAUCUUCUUUGUCCAUAGUUCUCUGCUAUUUUGGAUGUAUGCAUUUGGAUAAACACUGAAAAAGCCCAAA